GGAAGAGCUGUCACUAUAUCUAAUGAAGAGGAAGACGGACAGAAGCAGAAAUGUCUGAUCAGUGUGAUCUGUGUCUGCUGGGACUGAUCAUUCUCUCUUCACUUCUCACAGGAACCAGUGGAGAUGAUCAUCUGUUCAUCAGUUCUGGUGUAGAUGUCUCUCUGUCCUGUAAUAAAGAUCUUUCUGACUGCAAAUCAACAUCAUGGACCCACUCUAACAGCUUCGGACAUUCAUGGGUUAAACUGAUUACUGGAGGGAUAAAGAAUAAAGACACAGAGAGACAUGAGAGACUGAGUCUGGAGUCUGACUGCUCUCUGAACAUCAAGAACGUCACUGAAGAAGAUUAUGGAUUAUACACCUGCAGACAAUAUGUGAACGGAGAACAACAAGGAAAUGAUGCUUAUGUUUUUCUGCAUGUUCUUCAUGUGUCUCCAUCAUCAUCAUCUUCAUCAUCAUCAUCAUCAUCAUCAUCAUCACAGACUGAGAUCAGUCCAGGCCGCUCUGUGACUCUCUCCUGUCAGUUGUAUUUAUAUUCUGGACUCUCCUGUGAUGAUUGGGUUCAUUCUGGGGGAUUUGAGCUGUUGUGGGUGAAUCAGGCUGGUGUUGAUCUGAAGACAGACUCCAGAUAUCAGAUAUCAUCAUCAUCAUCAUCAUCUCCACAUCGCUGUAUCAUCACUCUGACUACAACACUCCUGGAUGAAGAUGACAACAGAGAGUGGAGAUGUCAGCUUACUCAGAGAAAUCAAGUCCAGACGUCAGUCAGAUACACUGUCAAGUAUUCAGCUCAAGCUGAUUCAACGACAGCAGUGAAAUCCAUGAUUGUGAGUAUUGUUGAGAUGGCAGUGUUUGCUGCUCCUACUGUGAUUCUUCUUCAGAUCAUCUGUGCAAGAAGAGCUGGGAGGAAGGACUCGAAGCCCCCGGAGGAAAUAGAGAUGCCCACAAUAUUACAGUAAAACACUGAUGAGUUCACAAUCUGCAGCAAUAUUUACAAUAGCAAACACUUUUUUAUCUCAAUAAUACUUUUAUUAGGAUUUAUUUUCAUUUCUAUGGAUAUUUGCCUACAGUCAUGUUCUUGAGCUUCAUCUGUAAACUGCUGUAAAUAUAAUAUUAAAUACAGUAAUGGACAGACUCAGACUGUAUAAUCGUCUCUCUGUUCUGUGUGAUGGAGAUGAUCUGAGGAUUAUUGUAUUAUUGAUUCCUCAUCUGUUUUUCAUGUUGAAUGAUUGCUACUAAUAUUCUUAAUAAACCUCUGCAGUUGUGUUUAA